AUGGGGACUACCGGUGACGACAUGGCUUCGGUGGAGCAGAAUGCCUCCUUGAACCCUCUGUGCUUCGAGUGUGGCCAGCAGCACUGGACAAGGGAGAACCACCUCUACAACUACCAGAACGAAGUGGACGACGACUUGGUCUGCCACAUUUGCCUUCAACCCUUGUUGCAGCCAUUGGACACUCCCUGUGGACACACUUUCUGCUACAAGUGCCUAAGGAACUUUCUGCAGGAGAAGGAUUUCUGCCCGCUGGAUCGCAAAAGACUCCAUUUUAAACUCUGCAAAAAAUCCAGCAUUCUUGUUCAUAAACUGUUAGACAAGCUAUUUGUUUUGUGCCCCUUCUCUUCCGUGUGUCAGGAAGUCAUGCAGCGAUGUGACCUGGCGGCACAUCUCAAAAACAGGUGUCCGGGGGCUUCUCAUCGGAGGGUUGCUCUGGAGAGAAGGAAAACCAGCAAGCUGCAAGCAGAAGCCGAGGGCGAGAGCGGUCCCAGUCCCAGUGGGAUGGAGCAGCCAAGCAGUUUAUCUCCGGACGCCGAUCAGGGAAUAGUGCCUGCCGAGCAGAGCUUCCCCUCGCCCGCCCUUCCCGCGUGGACAGACGAGCCUGGCAUCGACAACUUGCCUUUUGAGGAGAGCACGGUAGCAGACACAAAUCAACAGCCACCUACCCUGCCUGAAGGAGAGAUCACUACUAUUGAAAUUCAUCGAUCCAAUCCUUAUAUCGAAUUAGGAAUUAGCAUAGUGGGUGGCAAUGAAACGCCUUUGAUCAACAUUGUCAUUCAAGAGGUUUAUCGAGAUGGGGUCAUUGCCAGAGAUGGAAGACUUCUUGCUGGAGACCAAAUACUUCAAGUCAACAGCUUUGACAUAAGCAACGUGUCACACAACCACGCUCGAGCCGUGCUUUCCCAGCCUUGCUCGGUCCUGCACCUGACGGUGCUGAGCCGCACGCACAACCACGCCGACACCGCCGGCUCCUUGCGGGAAGACAGCUUUCAGGUGACGCUGCAUAAACGCGACUCCAGCGAGCAGCUUGGCAUUAAACUUGUACGCAGAACAGAUGAACCAGGCGUUUUUAUUCUCGACCUUUUGGAAGGAGGGUUGGCUGCUCAGGACGGCAGGCUCUGCAGCAACGAUCGCGUUCUUGCAAUUAAUGGACAUGACUUGAAGCAUGGGACACCUGAGCUUGCUGCUCAGGUUAUACAGGCUAGUGGGGAGAGAGUGAAUUUGAUCAUCUCUAGACCCCUGAAGUCACAGACGGUCAGUAUUAUCCGAGACACCGGGACUCACAACAGCAACCCACACCAACACCAGUCCCAGCAGCUGUUUCACAGCAGACCCAACUCGCAUAAGGAUCUCUCCCAGUGUGUUACAUGCCAAGAAAAGCACAUUACUGUGAAAAAAGAACCACAUGAAUCUCUGGGAAUGACAGUGGCAGGAGGCAGAGGCAGCAAAAGUGGCGAACUGCCCAUCUUCGUGACAAGCGUACAGCCUCACGGGUGUUUGGCAAGAGACGGCAGGAUUAAACGAGGUGAUGUGCUGCUGAACAUCAACGGCAUUGAUUUGACUAACCUCAGUCACAGCGAGGCGGUGGCCAUGCUGAAAGCUAGUGCUGCCUCUUCGGUAGUCGCCCUGAAAGCCCUGGAAGUCCAGAUUGUAGAGGAACAGCCCCAGGCUAAUGAAGAACAAUUGAGUACCAUCAGUGAAAAUGAAUACGAUGCCAGCUGGUCACCGUCGUGGGUCAUGUGGCUGGGACUUCCAAGCUGCCUACAUAGCUGCCAUGACGUGGUGCUGCGGCGGAGCAAUUUAGGGAGCUGGGGUUUCAGCAUCGUCGGUGGCUAUGAGGAGAACCACACGAACCAGCCUUUCUUCAUUAAAACAAUUGUUCUUGGAACUCCCGCGUACUUUGAUGGAAGAUUAAAGUGCGGUGAUAUGAUUGUUGCUGUAAACGGGCUAUCCACGGUUGGAAUGAGCCAUUCUGCACUCGUUCCCAUGCUGAAGGAGCAGAGGAACAAAGUAACUUUAACUGUGAUUUGCUGGCCUGGAAGCCUCAUAUAGAUUUGCAAAUCGCUUUGGUUCAAGCGGUGUCUUUUUCUAGAUAGCUGGCACAAAAAUCUCCUCUAUCUUAUUUUCACUGUUGAUACAGCUGGUUAUAAGCAGGGCCAAAACUGCUGUGUUUUCUUUUUUACGGGCCUCUCAGAAUUACUCUAUAUAUCUUUCCAUCCUGAAAUAGCCAUUUCUGUUUGCUAUAUCUAUUGCUGAUGCAAAUGCAAAUAUACAUGAGCUCACA